AUGCGAUUCCUGGUCUUGAGUGGGGUGGACGUCACCAGAGAUGUUGGAGAUGCGGUGAUGGAGACGGCCGCCGGCCGAAACGACGUCCACUUGCUGCAGUUCCUUCUGGAGAAGGAAGUGGACUUCGCACGGGGGCUGGCUCCGAGCAAAUCACUGGAAAGCGCGGCCCGCUGCCGUAGCUGGGAGGCCCUUCACUUCCUCAUCCUCGCCCGGGCUGAUGUGUCGGGUUGGUCAGGGCAGGUUGCGCUGCUUGCGGCCGCGGACUCCAACCGCUUUGGCAUCCUCCGGGUCCUUGAGGAUGCCGGGGUAGACUUCACCUCGGAAGUCUCGAAGAUCAGCUUGGCUCAGGCGACCAACUGCCAUCGGGAUCGAUUGGAUCGCUUCCUCGAGGAGUUUGCAACACGGCGCGACGCCAAGCACACGGAUGUGGUGUCGAAUGCCCUGAAUGCCCACGCUUGCCACGUGGAGGCGGAAACGGUGGCGAAGAACUCGGACACUGUCGCGGCCGCACUGAAUCUACACCUUCACCUGCAGAGGGCCAUCCCGGAGGCCCACGCCAGUGCCGACGCAUCAGUUGUGACGGAGGCCCUGUCCCAGCACGUUCGCCUGCUCGAGGAGCACCGUUUCCAAGUGGCCUCCGCACUCGCUGGGCACCUCUUGGAGGAGAACCUCGCGGAGGGACCCGGAAGCGAAGUCGUCAGUGAGGCACUUGCCCGGCACAUUCUUUCGCUCCCCGCCGAUCAUGCUGGGGACAGUGAGUUGGGAGCCGAUGUGCAGAUUGCGGCGAAAGCCCUGGCGCGGCAGGUCCUGCAGAUUGCAACCGAGGAGAGAGGUUCCACCCUGCGCGAAGACCGGGGUGACGGCGGCGGCUGCUCUGGAGGUUCGGUUUGCAUCCCGGGCGGUGCCGAAGUCCGAGAAGACUUGGAACUCAGCGGCGUGGAGGGCGGUGGUGGCGGUGGCAGCAGCUUCGUCGCGCCAGAGGUCGAGAAAGAAGACGAGGCGGCCCUUUUGGGACAUGGACCCAUGAGCGACCCUGCUGGCUCAGCUCCCCAUGUGCAGGAGCAUGGUGAUGCGACUCGAACCCAGGACUACAUAGCGGCUGCCACCAUAGCUCUCGCACGUCACGUGGUGAACUUCUCAGUGCCACCUGCUGCACAGAGCAGCCGGAGAUCGUCCAGCUCUCAGAAAGCUGGCGGUGCAUCAACGGAGUUACCCGGAGAAGCUGACUUGACAAGCAUGGCUGCGACGGCUUUGGCUGAGCGCCUCCUUGAACUGCAGCGGGACACUGCCGUGGUAAGCAAGGCCUUGGCGCGUCAGCCUCUUCCAAGUGAACCCCGGCACUCCGGCGAUGCCAGCCAGGGCUCAAAAGAGCCAUCCGAGCCUCCGGCACCGCCACCCUGCAGCCCCCAGGCUGGAUCAUGGAGGGCCGAGGAGGUGGAGGAGGAGGCCGAGGCUGAGGUGGCAGCCUCCUUGGCGCGACACCUCCUGACACUCCAGGAGGGUUUGCCUGCCGAGGCAAGCUCUCAUAUGACCUCCCUUGCCAGUGAGGAAAUGGGCACUGCUGCUCGGGCCUUGGCGCACCACGUGCUGAACCUGGAAGGGGGCGCAGCGUGA